AUGGAGGAUAUCCAAGAGAACUGGAGUUGGUAUAACCUGCGGUUGAUCUGGCUGGCGGGAUUCGGCAUCUUCACAGCGGCCUAUAACAAUGCCAUCAUCUCUAGCACGUUGGGUCAACCAACCUUCUAUUCGACUCUUGGCCUGGAUCCCACAUCUUCUCACACGACGACGGUGAUUUCGACCUCCAAUGCCAUCUACUUUCUAGGUGCAUUUGUGAGUUGCGCCAUCCUCACUGCCGUCGGCGACAAGUUCGGGCGUAAGAAGACGAUAUGGGCGUCGCUCUUUUUCCUCAUCAUAGGCAGCGCCCUACAAACCGGAGUGACGAACGUACCUAUGUACCAGGUCGCCCGUGUCAUUACUGGCUUCGGCAGCGGAUCCUUGUUUUCCACCAUUCCCGUCUACCAGGCUGAGAUUUCGCCCCCGUCCUUCCGAGGCUUCCUGGUCGCCCAAGGAGGAGUCUUCUCUGCUCUGGGAUACUCCUGCUCAUCAUGGAUCGGCUAUGGUGCAUACUUCGCGCAGUCGAAGGCCCUUGGCACGUUCGGAUUUCGAUUUCCAAUCUCUGUCGGCUGUCUCUUGGCCGUGGUGAUGGUGCCAGUGUCAUUUUGUUUGCCUGAAUCGCCCCGCUGGUUGAUCGAGCAUGGCCGUGAUGCCGAAGGUGUCCGGCUCCUAGCCAAACUGCAUCCCGACAAAAAUAGUCCUGACACCGAACACUUUGCACAGCUCGAGGCUGUCGAGAUUAAAAAGCAGCGUGAGCUUGACGCUAGACUGAGAAAGGCGGAGGGGAAAUGGUCGGUGGUUACGAAGAAGUCCAACCUAAAGCGUCUAUUCUUCUCCUGCUUCAUCUUAUGGAGUGCCAAUGGCAUGGGCAUCCUGGUUAUCAACAACUAUAGUGUGCUCUUGUACAACUCACUCGGCUAUACCGGUGGUGAUGCACUCUUGUUGUCCGCAGGAUGGAUCUCUGUCACGAUCCCAUUCAACGCACUUGCUCCAUUCUUGAUCGACCGUUUGGGGAGGAAGCGGAUGUUUCUCAUCGGUUCUUUCUUUUUAGGUAUUGCACUAUCUGGAGAGGGGGCGCUUACCAAGUAUUUUGUCAAAACUGCCAACACAAGCUACGCUUGCGGAGGGAUCUUCUUCCUCUACUUCUUUGCUUUUAUAUAUGGAACGUUCAUCGAUGCCGCCUCGUGGGUCUUUACUGCCGAAAUCUGGCCAAAUCACAUUCGCGCGCUAGGAUGUGGUAUUUCCUUCGCUUUCUCCUAUGCCUCAACCAUCCUGUGGACGCAGACUGCGCCUAUCGGAUUCGAACACAUUGGUUGGAAGUUCUACAUGGUCUUUGUGGCGAACUGUAUUGUCUGCUUCAUUGUGGUCUUUUUCAUUUAUCCGGAGACGAAAAAUAUCCCUCUUGAGGAAAUACCCAAGCUUUUCGGCGACGAGAUUGCUACCGUCGACAUUCAUCAGAUGAACGAGCAAGAUCUGGCCCAGGAUCAUGACAUCUUCAAAGUCGACGAACAAAUCACGAAGGUUGGUUAG